GUGCACAUCACUUGCAUUCGCUAUAAACAUACAUGAAAUUGGCGCCCAUUUCACUCUUUUCUCCCCGCCAAUUCCCUCUCAGCUUCUAAGUUCUAACACAGCCACCACACAGACUCUCAACAACCAUGAACAAGGGCAACGGCAGGAAACGGCCGGCGCAGCAACCACCAGUGUCGCAACAACCUCCAAAGCAACAUGCUGCAGAGCCCGCCAUGGAAGAGGAAGACAUGGACGAGGAUGUAUUCAUUGAAGAAAACCUCAUCGACGAAGAUGAACUCAUUCUCCGCGAUAUGCAGGACCGGGAAGCCCUCGCAACUCGUCUUGAGAAAUGGAAGCGGCCGGCAUUAUCUACAGGGUACCAGUCUCAGUCAGAGAACAUAGUUUUUCAACAAUUGGAGAUUGAUUACGUGAUUGGAGAGAGCCACAAAGGUUUGAUACCUAAUUCAUCUGGUCCUGCUGCUAUCAUCAGAAUAUUUGGUGUAACCAAGGAAGGGAAUAGUGUAUGCUGUAAUGUUCAUGGAUUUGAACCAUACUUCUAUAUUAGCUGCCCUUCUGGAAUGGGCCCUGAUGACAUAUCCCGCUUUCAUCAACUUCUUGAGGGGAGGAUGCGGGAAGUCAACAGGAGCAACAAUGUUCCUAAGUUUAUCCAUCGUAUAGAACUAGUUCAAAAAAAGAGCAUCAUGUACUAUCAGCAACAUAGUUCUCAGCCUUUUCUUAAAAUUGUUGUUACAUUGCCAACCAUGGUUGCUAGUUGCCGAGGCAUUCUUGACAAAGGGAUACAAAUUGAUGGCAUUGGCAUGAAAAGCUUCAUGACAUAUGAAAGUAAUGUUCUUUUUGUUCUUCGGUUCAUGAUCGAUUGCAACAUUGUUGGUGGCAAUUGGAUUGAAGUUCCAGCUCACAAAUACAAGAAGACAAUAAAGAGCCUUUCAUCUUCUCAGUUAGAGUUUGAUUGCCUUUAUUCAGAACUCAUUAGCCAUGCUCCAGAAGGAGAAUUUUCAAAAAUGGCUCCAUUUCGCAUAUUGAGUUUUGACAUCGAGUGUGCUGGUCGAAAGGGUCUUUUCCCUGAGCCUACACAUGAUCCUGUUAUUCAGAUUGCAAAUCUGGUCACACUUCAGGGAGAGGAACAACCAUUUGUGAGAAAUGUCAUGACCCUAAAGUCAUGUUCACCAAUAGUUGGUGUUGAUGUCAUGUCAUUUGACACAGAGAGAGAAGUUUUACUGGCUUGGAGGGAUUUUGUCAGGGAAAUUGAUCCAGAUAUCAUAAUUGGCUAUAACAUUUGCAAAUUCGACUUGCCAUAUCUGAUUCAGAGGGCGGAGACAUUGGGGAUUACUGAGUUUCCAUUAUUGGGGCGCAUCAGAAAUAGCAGGGUUCGUGUGAAAGAUACAACUUUUUCUUCAAGACAGUAUGGUACAAGGGAAAGUAAAGAAGUUACUUUGGAAGGGAGAGUUCAGUUUGAUUUACUUCAGGCUAUGCAAAGAGAUUAUAAGUUAAGCUCAUACUCACUGAAUUCUGUUUCAGCACACUUUCUUAAUGAGCAGAAAGAGGAUGUUCAUCAUUCAAUUAUAUCUGAUCUUCAGAAUGGAAACCCAGAGACAAGACGAAGAUUAGCUGUAUAUUGUCUUAAGGAUGCUUAUCUCCCUCAACGGCUGUUGGACAAGUUGAUGUACAUUUACAAUUAUGUGGAAAUGGCUCGAGUCACGGGUGUUCCAAUAUCAUUUCUCCUUUCUAGAGGACAGAGUAUCAAGGUGCUGUCUCAACUUCUAAGGAAAGCAAAACAAAAGAAUCUCGUGCUUCCUAAUGUGAAACAAGCAGGAUCUGAACAAGGGACAUAUGAAGGUGCAACUGUUUUGGAAGCCAGAGCAGGAUUCUAUGAGAAGCCAAUUGCAACAUUGGAUUUUGCAUCUCUAUAUCCCUCAAUCAUGAUGGCAUAUAACUUAUGCUACUGCACUCUAGUGACUUCUGAAGAUGCCAAGAAGCUCAACCUUCCACCAGAAUGCGUCAAUAAAACUCCAUCGGGUGAAACAUUUGUGAAGUCAGAUUUACAGAAGGGUAUACUUCCUGAGAUUCUUGAAGAACUGUUGGCUGCUCGUAGAAGAGCUAAAGCAGAUUUGAAAGAAGCAAAAGACCCCCUAGUGAAAGCUGUGUUGGAUGGUCGCCAGCUGGCUUUGAAGAUAAGUGCAAAUUCAGUGUAUGGAUUUACAGGGGCUACCAUUGGCCAGUUACCAUGUUUAGAGAUAUCUUCUAGUGUUACAAGCUAUGGGCGACAGAUGAUUGAACAUACAAAAAAACUAGUAGAAGAUAAAUUCACAACACUUGCAGGAUAUGAACAUAAUGCUGAGGUCAUAUAUGGGGAUACAGAUUCAGUCAUGGUACAAUUUGGUGUCCCAACUGUGGAUGAAGCCAUGAAACUGGGUAGAGAAGCUGCUGAUUACAUCAGUGCCACUUUCAUCAAGCCUAUCAAACUUGAGUUUGAAAAGGUUUAUUUCCCAUAUCUACUGAUCAGUAAAAAGAGAUAUGCUGGUCUUUACUGGACAAAUCCAGACAAAUUUGACAAGAUGGAUACAAAAGGUAUUGAAACAGUUAGAAGGGACAACUGUUUGUUAGUAAAAAACCUGGUGACUGAGUGCCUUCAUAAAAUACUAAUAGACAGAGAUGUGCCUGGAGCUGUUCAGUUUGUGAAGGAUACUAUUUCAGAUUUACUUAUGAAUCGCAUGGAUUUGUCUCUUUUGGUUAUUACCAAGGGAUUGACAAAAACAGGAGAGGAUUAUGAAGUUAAGGCAGCACAUGUUGAACUUGCAGAGCGAAUGAGAAAGAGGGAUGCAGCUACUGCUCCAAAUGUAGGUGAUCGUGUGCCAUAUGUGAUUAUUAAAGGUGCCAAAAGUGCCAAGGCGUAUGAGAAGUCAGAGGACCCAAUAUUUGUGUUGGAAAAUAAUAUACCGAUUGAUCAUGGGUACUACCUUGAAAAUCAAAUAAAGAAGCCACUUCUGAGAAUUUUUGAACCCAUUUUGAAGAAUGCUAGCAGUGAACUUUUUCAUGGAAGCCAUACCAGAUCUAUUUCUAUCUCUACACCAUCAAAUAGUGGCAUAAUGAAGUUUGCAAAGAAGCAAUUAAGUUGUCUUGGAUGCAAAGCUAAAAUCAGUGGUACAGAUGAAACACUUUGCUCGCAUUGCAAGGAAAGGGAAGCUGAGUUUUAUUGCAAAAGCGUAGCUAGUGUAUCUGAGUUAGAGAAGCUGUUUGGGAAGCUAUGGACACAGUGCCAGGAGUGCCAAGGGUCUCUUCAUCAAGAUGUUUUAUGCACAAGCCGGGAUUGCCCGAUAUUUUACAGGAGGAAAAAAGCUCAGAAAGACAUGGCAGAAGCCAAAGUCCAAUUAGAACGAUGGAACUUCUGAGGUCUAAAUUACCAUUUUGCCCGCCCUUGGACUCCACCUUCUACUUUUAGUUUAUGGCAAGUAAUCGAAAAAGAUAGUUUUAGUUUAUUAUGUACAUGUGUUUUUUCUGAUAUGGUACCAGAAUAUUUUCUUAAAACUUGUAAUCAACUCUUAAAAAUAACCACUUCUUGUAUUGAAUCACUAGUUGCUACUUUAUCAUUUUACAUAUAUAGCUAAGCUAGCUAGUUGUUCGAAUA